AUGUCGGAAACAACGACUGGCUCAGCGAGAAGAUUUUCUGGAGAAGACGAAGAAAGCGAAGAUGAAGAUCCUUGGACGGAUCCUUGGCAAUGGCAAAGACCGCCUCCUCACACGCGGAGAAGUUCUUCUGUGUAUUCGGAUGCUGCGCGGGAGCUCAAAUUCUUUGACGAGCAAGAUCUUCAUAGCCGGAAUCCGUUCGUGGACGAAGAUCAGGAAGAACCGAAGAAGCUUCACUCUCCUCGCCAUGUUGAAAAAGACCAGGAACCGAGGAAGCAGGACCUCGAGUUACAAGUCAGAAAUGCUCUGCGACAGAGUCAUUCUACCACUGGAAAUUCGGAGCUCACUCAUCCUCCCAAAGCAUAUUCUGUGCUUUCGAGGACCUUCUCACUGACACCUUCGGACUCGGCAUAUAGGCUUUCAUGGCUGCACUCGCGAGCUGCUCAGGAUGACGAUGAGGAUCGAAAGAUGCAAAGAGCGUGGCGAGGGGUUGAUCGCGGGUUUUGGGAUGGGUCUGGUCUUUGGAUCAGGUUCUGCCUUCGCAAUGCAGAUGACCACGAUGCACGUCAUGGCAACGGUAAUAGCACUUACGAUGAUGUUGCCAUUGGUGGUGCUUCUGAGAGCUGCACUACGACUCAGCAGGAUGGAGAACGACUCUGGCAGCGGAAUGCAUUACGAAGAUUCUAA